AGAGUUUCUAUUACAAAAUUCUAUGAACAGCGAAUGCGUAUACGUCGAAUUGUGCGUGGUAAAAUUCGAAUUACUCCUCAAAAUGAUGCGAUAUGAAGAAGAAGGUGAAACGUUAAAGGACAAGAGCAGAUGCGCUCAUUUACGUGCGAAUUUAAAAAUGUGUUUGUUACAGACCGACUGUUGUCGAAUUCAAAGGCGGACACCUAGAGAGUGUCUCAAGUCCAAAGAUCCGUCUGUCCCUGAAGAAUGCUACGCAUUGUAUGUAUCGUUUUUCGAAUGCAAACACUCAAUCAUUGACGGAAGACGCAGAUUUAGAGGACCAAGGGAGUGAAUUAGUGGAAAUAAUAACUAAUAAGGGGAAUUCAUGUGAUAACACGGUCUGUAAGAUGUUAAUAUUAGAAGUGAUUUAUUAUUA